UGGGCACAGCCUCCUCCUCCUCCUUUUUCUCCUGUCUGCCUGUUUGUCGGUAGAGUGCUCUACUACCUAUUCAGAUCGCCUUGCUCCUGUUGGGGGAAGGUAAUUUAGCCUGAAGGACAUUUAUAACAUCCUUUACUACUAAAGCACUGACUCAUUAUCUUCAGCAAUCUGGUGCCAAGAUGGCAGUCCUCUCAAAGGAAUAUGGUUUUGUGAUUCUCACUGGUGCUGCCAGUUUCAUAUUGGUCACUCAUCUUGCCAUCAAUGUAGGCAAGGCCAGGAAGAAGUACAAGGUGGAGUAUCCCAUCAUGUACAGCACCGAUCCUGAAAACGGGCACAUUUUCAACUGCAUUCAGCGAGCCCACCAGAAUACAUUGGAAAUGUAUCCUUCUUAUUUAUUCUUUCUAGCUGUUGGAGGCAUUUACCAUCCUCGCUUAACUUCCGGUUUGGGGAUUGCAUGGAUAAUUGGACGUGUACUUUUUGCUUAUGGCUAUUACACAGGAGAACCAAGCAAGCGAAACCGAGGCAUGGUGGGUUCCCUUGCUCUCCUAGGACUGAUGGGGACAGCUGUGUGCUCUGCUUUCCAGCAUCUUGGUUGGAUUAACCGAGGCUUGGGCCAGGGGCCUAGAAAUUGUCACUGAAGACACGAAGGCUUAACUAUCUCCUUCUUUUGGAUGAUAAACCUUUAACAUUCAAGUGUGCUUUUUUCUUUUUCUAAAUACAAUAAACCUAUUUGGCAUUAGCCUCAUACCUAUA